AUGGCGCACGCGCGUAAGCCCGGCGUCGCGUCGGACGACGAGUUUGAACGAUUUUUUAGCGCAAAUCAAGGCAAAACGGUCGUCGUCCUUGACGCGCGCAACAGCGAUUUUAGCGUCGAACCGUCGGACGAGCAGUUUGGUGGACCUCAGGGGAGCGCUCCGAUCGCGGAUUGCGGCACCAGCGCGCGUCCGAACGCGGUGAACUGCGCUUUUGAUCGCUCGGCGAACGCGCUGCGCGAUUUGCAAGUCCUCGAAGCGAAGACGGGCGGGAAUAAGUCGACGCCGAUCAUCACGCACUGCGGCGGUGGCGGACGUGGGCAGAAGGCGAAAGAGUAUUUAAUAUCGCAGGGGUACUCGAACGUCAUCAACGGCGGUGGGCCCGCCGUCGAAGCGCUCUGGAAGACGUUUGGUUCGAUGUGA